AAGAGGGAGCAGAGCCCAGAGACGUAAUUUUCGUCCUACGGCUUGGCGCCAAUCUGGCGGGAAAAAAAACGAUUUAAUCGCGCUAAACUGUAGCAAACUGGAUAUUUGAAUUCGACAGUUUAUUGUGUUUUGACCAGUUUCAGUCACGAUAGCUGACGAUAGUUUUAUGAGAUUGGUCGCUAACUGGCUUAGCUUGUUUGCUAAGUUAGCUAGCUAGCAUAUUAAUCAGUGCACAACAAGUCCCUUUCACUAGCUAUCUGGCUAUCAAAGAUCCAUCUCCGGCAAGCCAACUUCCUAAGAUAUCUAACCUAUUAGUAACCUCAAGGUGACCGUUUAAAAACUGGAAAUAUGGGGAGAAAAUCAAACAGAGCGAAGGAGAAGAAACAGAGAAGGCUGGAGGAAAGGGCAGCCAUGGAUGCUGUGUGUGCCAAGGUGGACGCAGCCAAUAAGCUUGACGAUCCACUGUCUACAUUCCCCGUGUUCACCAAAUAUGACAGAAAUGGGUUGAACCUACAAAUCGAGUGUAAACGGGUAUCUACUCUCAGCCCGGACACAGUGGAGUGGGCUUACGAACUGACCAGGACCAACAUGCAGACCUUAUACGAACAGAGCGAGUGGGGCUGGAAGGACAGGGAGAAAAAGGAGGAGAUGCAGGACGAGAGGGCGUGGUACCUCGUGGCCCGGGACGCCGACUCCACCCCCGUGGCGUUCUGUCAUUUCCGAUUUGACGUGGAGUGCGGAGACGAGGUCUUAUACUGUUACGAAGUCCAGUUGGAGAGUAAAUUUCGGAGGAAAGGGCUCGGGAAAUUCCUUAUCCAAAUCCUGCAGCUCAUUGCAAACAGCACACAAAUGAAAAAGGUCAUGUUGACAGUCUUCAAACACAAUCAUGGGGCGUACCAGUUCUUCAGGGAGGCCUUACAAUUUGAGAUUGACGAAACCUCGCCCAGUAUGUCUGGUUGCUGUGGCGACGACUGUUCCUACGAGAUUCUGAGCAGGCGGACAAAAUACGGCGAGGCCUCGGGCCACGCCCACGGGGGCAGCCACUGCGGUGGGUGCUGCCAUUAAUGACAGGCCUUCCCCCUCCAUUACGAAAAGAAGAAGAUGAAGAAGAAAAAAAAAAAAAGAAAAAGACAAGCUGCUUGUCUUCACGUCACAAUCAAGAGAGAUGCCACCUUUCCCCUUCCCCGAUGCCUUUCAGAUCUCCAUUACAUUGAGCUCACAU